GAGGGCUCUUGAAUCGCCUGCGGCUGGGCCCGGUGCUUCCUCCGGAGUUGCCGCCACCGCCGCCGCCCUCUCCUCCUUCCUGACACCAUCUACCUCUCCAAGGCAGCUUGCGAGGCUUCCUGUCCGCCUGAAGGCAACGGGCUGGUCGGAAGAGAGCGAGGGCGGCUGUUUUGCUUUGAGGGGGGGAAAGAAAGGGGCUUGCUGAGCGGCCGGUGGGCGAAGUUGGCUGGGCGUGAGUGGGCACGCGCGCGCGGAGCCGCCGUUGAGCAGCUGCUGCUGCGGGAGUUCCUUCGCCCGCACCUCGCUCCUUGUUGGUCUUUGCGCGGGGCUCGCAGGCGUGGAAGCGGCAUCUUUUGGAAGAUGCACACGACCCAGAAGGAUACCACGUACACCAAGAUCUUCGUCGGGGGUCUGCCCUACCACACCACGGACUCCAGCCUCCGCAAGUACUUCGAGGUCUUCGGGGAGAUCGAGGAAGCCGUCGUCAUCACCGACAGGCAGACGGGCAAAUCCCGGGGAUACGGCUUUGUGACGAUGGCUGACCGUGCGGCUGCGGAAAGGGCCUGCAAAGAUCCUAAUCCAAUCAUUGAUGGAAGAAAGGCUAAUGUGAAUCUAGCAUACCUAGGAGCAAAACCAAGAAUAAUGCAGCCAGGUUUUGCCUUUGGUGUUCAGCAGCUUCAUCCAGCAUUAAUACAGAGGCCUUUUGGGAUCCCUGCUCAUUAUGUAUAUCCACAGGCUUUUGUGCAACCAGGAGUAGUCAUUCCACAUGUCCAGCCUACAGCAGCUGCUGCCUCCACCACACCCUACCUUGACUACACUGGAGCGGCAUAUGCUCAGUAUUCAGCUGCUGCCGCCGCCGCUGCAGCUGCAGCCUAUGACCAGUAUCCCUAUGCAGCAUCCCCAGCUGCUGCAGGAUAUGUCACUGCUGGGGGUUAUGGCUAUGCAGUCCAGCAACCAAUCACUGCAGCAGCACCUGGGACAGCUGCAGCAGCUGCUGCUGCUUUUGGCCAGUACCAACCACAACAGCUGCAAACAGAUCGUAUGCAAUAACAGAAGGACCUGUGAAGAAAGUUCUCUUUCUUAUUCUUCCUAUAUUUUUACCUUCCAGCCUUCCAAUAGAAAUAGUUUUAAAAGAGGCAAUUAACCAUAACUCUUCCAGCUUUAAGGAAAGCUGCAAUGCAAUAUAGUAUUACAAAAGCAAAUGCCACUGUCUUUGUACAGUAUACAUCCAUAUCAUGGGUGGUAUUGUGGGGUGGAUCUUUGUAAGAGUUUCAUAAUAUCAGCCCAGGCAUCAUCCUAUCAUGAAAGGAUGACAGAAGUAACAAAAGAAGCUUAUAUUAAACAAAAAAGCCUGUAGAAGAUACAUUUUACAAUAUCAGGGAAAAAAGUCCAGGUGAGCAAUAUGUAGCCUGUAUCAAGUUGAAGAUGACUAUUUAAAUGUUGAAAGCACUGACUGUCAUUGCUACUUUUCAUUAUGGCCUACAGAACUUUCUUUGAAUAAUAAGAAAAUGUUUUCUGAUGAUCUCAUAACGGGCAUCGAACAAACUAAGGAACGUGGCCUUUGUGGGGGAAAGGGUGGACAGGCACCAAAGUUAUUUUCUCAUCUGUCCUCUGUAUGAAUGGGACUAUGGAGCAAGUGGUGUGGAAUUAAUGGGUGCAACAGCUGUACAGACAAUCAAUAACACAGACCGUUCUGGAAAGAACUCAUCACUUGUGCUUGUUUGAUGAGCUUGUCACAUUCUAAUCCCUCUCCCCCAUCCUGUUUCACUUUUAGGAAACUUUGACUGCUGGUGUCAGCUAUUCUGAUUCUGAAAUAGGAUCAGCUCUUUACUACAACAGCCCUCUCUUUUUAUUUAUUGUAUCUAUUCAUGGCUUGCGAAUAAAGGCAGGAAGAAAUUUGCUGAAUUUAAACCUUUAAGAACUGUGUUAAGGGAUGGGAGGAAUGAUUUGUAUACAAUUUAAUACCUAUUUAAAUAUUUAUUUGCAAAACAUAGGUCUUUUCAUGAGACAGCUUGUGGAGAUUGCAGUUCUUCAAGGGUUAAUGCUAUGUGGGUUAUAUUGUGCCUUAAUUGUAAUGCUAUUUAAAGAAAUAUUUAUUUUGAAAGUUCUACUAUGCUGCGCUCUAAAGAAAACAACCUUAGAUGUGAAACUGUAAAAUUAUGUAUUCAUCUCAUGGUAUAAGUUAUUUAGCAGGUUUAGCUAUGGUAUAUAAAAUAUUAACCUAAUGAACUAAAGAUGCUGACAUGGGUUUAUUUAAAUUCAAUAAAUACACAAUUUUAUAAGGGUACUUUUAAAAACACGUUUUUAAAGGUUUUGAGCUUAAAAAUGCUAGUUUCAUGAUUUUCCCUUUAUCUCCUUGACCGUAAAAACUGUUUUCUUGGAAGAAAGCACUAUUGAUUUUCAGUGAAACUUACUUCCUUGGAAGUGGGAAUUGGUAAAGGGAUUGGGCCAUAAAGUUAUAAUACUCCACACACUUGCUAUUAAUGCAUUGCUGUUGUGGAACAGGAACUGCUUCUGUGUGGUCUGGUAACAUAGCUCACCAAUAAUGCCUGGAAAUGGGCACCAUGUGAAUCAGAUGAAUGGUGUUGGAAAUAACCAUGUGAUUUGUCCAGUCCAUGGAAUUCCUGUUUGCAGGCAGUACUGGUGCCACAUGGGACUGAACGGCAUGGAAAGAGUUCUUAUGCCACAAUAAUAGCAUAUAAUUAGGCCUAAGUCCCACUGAUUGUAAUGGGACUUUGUCCCAAGAAUGUAUAUAGAAAAUUAGAUCUGAAGCCCCAAUCUUAAAUGCAAUAUGUGGAAAUAAAUUCCCAUAAAUCGAUCCACACAAUGUGUUUAGGGUGGGUUGCCAGUAUUUUCUCCAACAAAAAUAGUUUUUCACUUUCAUCUCUGAAUAGAUCAACUCUUAUUCCUUUGCUAGGAAACGCUGCUUUACAUUGUCCUGUGAAACUGCAAUAACUUGCAAUUUUUAUUCUUGACUUAAAAAGGAAUUUAAUAUUUUACACUGUAUUGGAAUCUUUUUAUACUUGAACAAUUUCAUACAAGGGAAGACAGGAUAGCAUUUUUAUGGACUUUAUCCAAUGUCACUGGAUUUUCUUUGAAUACUAGCCAGUGUUAUAUAAGGUAGAUAACAUGACUCUCAUGUGCAUGUUAUUUAUUAUGUAUAUUACUUUAUAAUGUUUCAAAUCUUCUAAUCUAUACACUUGUAUUAAGAAAAACAAUAAAAACAUUGUUGAAUCCAA